GAUCCCAGGAGCCUAGGAUGGGGGAGCUGAUCCACUGUGGCCUCCGUGACCACAGCUAUAGGCAGGGCUGCUUGCAAUGGGCCGCACCAUGGCCUGUUGAAAGCACACAGUGGAUACAAGCUGAUUCUAGAGCUUCCUCUGAGCUGGGGCUUAGCGCUCCAGUGGGGAACCAUGGUCAGCAACUACAGCCACUGGGCAGGAUGGGGCCUGGCCUCCUGCCCUCUGCAGGGUCACUGGAGUGUCUGGGAACUCAGGGUCAGGGCCAGAUGGCUGUUCCCAGGGCCAGGGCUCCAGCUCAGGCUGUUUGAGAACAGGAGCCCAUCACACAGCAGAAUGCCUGAGAUGGUUGGUCUGCAGGGAGCAGCUCAGUCUGAGGGUGGCAGAGCCACGUGUGGCUCUGGGUCAGGAGAGAGUGGCCAGUGCUGGGCCCUCUCUAAGGAGCCUGAGGGCCACAGGCUCUGUGGAAAGGGUCUGAGCGAGGGAGUCGGGACCUAGCAGGUAGGGAACUUGAUUGAGGAUGCUCCCUGUGGUCACAAGGGGAGGUCCAGGCGGGACCAGGUCAGGAGGCGGCUAGGGCAGAGGCCCAGGCAGGAGGUGGGUGGGCUCGAUGGGGACAGGAGUGGCAAGGGUAUAGGUAAGGAUGGGGAAGGGGCCCCCUUGCCUCUUGGCUUCUCUGAGGGCAGGGCUGGCCAAUCCCAGCCCUCAGCUGAGCCCAGGGGCAGAUGUGUGCAGGGAGGAGACGGGCUCCAGGUUGGAGCUUUGGGAGUCCUUGGAGGCAGCAAGGCAGACUCAGCUCUGGAACCCAACACCCAGCCUGGGCCUGCAGGUGGGGUCUCUGAGCAAGACCCUUCGGGUCCCAGCCUCGGCUUUCAUACUUUGAAGUCGAGAACUGGACCUGUGCUGUCUGAGUUUGCCCUGGGGUCUGGGCCAUCCUGUGGUUUGUGCAGAGGUCUCAGAGGGCCCUAGGGACAGACUGACCCGUAGGUCUGAGCCUCUGGGAGCAUGGGGGUGGCAAGGCUCAGACAGGCCUGGGUAUAGGUUUGUCUUCCAAGGGGCACAUGUGUACUCUUGUGCUUCCUGGCAUUUAGAAGGGAGUGGGAAAUUCAGACAUCAGGCCUUCCUUCUCCAUGGGAAGGAUGGCAGGUGCCUGGAGCCAGGCAUGUCUUGAAAGCCAAGGGCUCUGGGCCUUCCUCCUCCAGUUCUCUGUUCCAGGCCUUCAGUGCACAAAAGUGCCCCCCUCCUGGGAUCUCUUCAGGGCUCCCUGGGAUGCAAAUGGGCCAGGGAUUAGGAUUCCACAUUUGAGGAAACAGGUUAAGAAUGGAGAAGCACCCAGGUGGACAUCCUCUAGGUGUCCCUGGCAGAGGAGGCCCUUGCUGCUUAUCUGCACAAAGGCCCUACAGGUGGGACAGGGUCUCAGCAGGGCUCCAGCCCCAGGCCUGGAAACAGCUGGGGGUGGGGGAAGGUGGCUGGUGGGUGUGGUCAUCAAGGCAACAGAACCUUUUUCAGAACAGAACAGUCUCAGGAGGCUUUUUUUGGUUAAUAAAAUCUGCUGAAUGAUUUUUUUAAAAAAAUGGUUAAUCAAGCCGGGCGCGGUGGCUCACGCCUGUAAUCCCAGCACUUUGGCAGGCAGGUGGAUCACGAGGUCAAGAGAUCGAGACCAUCCUGGUCAACAUGGUGAAACCCGUCUCUACUAAAAAUACAAAAGAUUAGCUGGGCAUGGUGGCGCGUAAUCCCAGCUACUCAGGAGGCUGAGGCAGGAGAAUUGCCUGAACCCAGGAGGCAGAGGUUGCGGUGAGCCGAGAUUGCGCCAUUGCACUCCAGCCUGCGUAACGAGUGAAACUCCGUCUCAAAAAAAAAAAUGGUUAAUCAAAAAAGGCUUUGGCUCUGCUUGUGGUUUUCUGAAAAGCUACUUUUUCAUAGUCACGUUUCCAUCAACUUCCUUCUCUCACAUUGCCUGUCCUCCUGUGUCUCAAACACACCAUCUCCCUCCUGUUUUGCUUUAAGACUCGUCACAGCAUCCUCACCCAGGCCUCAGACUGCCCUCCUCCUGGUCCUCCUCUCCUGCACCCCCAACUGCCUGGCCCCACCUACCCUUGGGCAAUUUAUAAACAGGGAAAAGAUGAAAUCCUUUCUCCUCUUGCCCUGCACAUGCCCACCGCAUUCCCUGAAACCCUGGCAGGUUCUGGACACAGAGCUGGGGCUUCUCACCCUGCUCACCGCACAGCACUGAAAGCAGGAACCCACCUGGAUGGACAUCAGGCCUGGCCCAGCACCCAGCUGACUUUCAAGCAGAGGGAUCUACGGGGGCAGGCAAUGCCACCCAGCCCCUUCUGGCAUCUCCACACUUGCUACCUGCCUACUCCACUCAAAAGGAUGCAAAGUGAGGUGUCCGUGGAGGGCUGGCUUGGUGCUGAGUUACGCUUCUCUGCCGCAACUCCCGGGGCUUUUAGCAGGUGCUGUAGUCUCUGAGCCUGGGUUUCCUCUCCCACUAAAUGAGCUGUUGGAAGGGCAGAGCUGCUAACAGUUCUCUCUAGCAGAGCCAGGAUAGAAGUCUGUGAAAAACUGGUGUGUUUGAGUGGCUGGGAAAUCAGGUGAGGGGCUGUGAGGGGAGGAGAUGAUGCUGGCAGAAGAGGAGCCUUGAAUGUGUGUACAUUCCUGAGAGUCUGGGGCUUAGCACUGAACUUACUUGAGCAGGAGAUGCCUUUGUAGGAUCCCUUCUAGCAGCAGAUUGGGUAAGGGGUUGUGCUAGAAGGACUAGAAACAGACCAGGGAGGAAGCCAAUCUGAUUCUCUAAGGGAUGGCUUGGUUUGGUCAGGGGUUAGCAGUAGAGGUGUGAGUUGAGAUACCAAGGUACUGACCCCUGUAUUUUGAGUCAGAUCCUCAAGCGUGAGACCAGUGCCAUCAACGGAAGCAGCAAGAGUGGAGGUGCUCAUUUGGCCCAUAUUUAUGAUAUUUCAGGAUUCUGGGAGGAGAGAAUGGAUGUCUGUGUUUUCUCUGGUCACUAGGUAAGUGCAGAUAGGCUGUCUAUGGAGGAGCCUUUCCAGUCAGCAGCCAGCACCAGCCAGAGUGCUGAAGUUUAUGACUGCUGUAGCCAAUUUCUGCUUUAUUCCUGGUUUUAAUUUUCUACUAUUUCGUAGCAAGCACGCUUCUAUAUGAAAGACACAGGGUAUUGUGGUUGGCCUCUGGCCUUCAUGGUGUUUUUUCACCUUUUUUUCUGACUGAGGACACAUUUUCAGCACUAGCCUUGGCAUCACCACAUAAAGAAAAUUUGGGGCUGGGCAUGGUGGUGCAUACCUGUAAUUCCAGCACUUUGGAAGGCCAAGGUAGAAGAAUCAUUUGCUUGAGCCCAGGAGUUCAAGACCAGCCUGAGCAACAUAAUGAGACCUCUUCUCUACAAAAAAUUAACAAAUUAGCUGGAUGUGAUGCAUGCCUGUAGUCCCAGGCCUGUGGUCAAGUACGAGAGGCUGAGUUGGGAGGAUGGCUUGAGCCUGGGAGAUUUGAGGUACCAGUGAGCCGUGAUUGUGCCACUGUGCUCCAGCCUGGGAAACAGAGGGAGACCCUGUCUCCAAAAAAAAGACCGGAUGUAGUGGCUCAUGCCUAUAAUUCCAGCACUUUGGGAGGCCAAAGCAGGCAGAUCACGGGGUCAGGAGAUCAAGACCAUCCUGGCCAACAUAGUGAAACUCUGUCUCCACUAAAAUACAAAAAAUAGCUGGGCGUGGUGGCACAAGCCUGUAGUCCCAGCUACUCGGGAGGCUGAGGCAAGGAGAAUUGCUUGAACCCAGGAGAUGGAGGUUUCAGUGAGCCGAGAUCGCACCACUGCACUCCAGCCUGCCGCCUGGUGAUAGACCAAGACUGCCUCAUAAAAAAAAAGAAGAAAACUUGUCUGAUAGUGUUGUGUUUGUUGUAGGUUUAUAUUUUAUAUUUUAAUAAUGGCAAGUGUAGAAAGAAAAAGAUGAGAAAGAAGGAAGGAGAAAACCAGGUAUGAAUGUCCCUUUAGCCACUUGGAGGAGGUCUGAUCCAGGGAACAUUUCCAUUAUGGGAUACCCUCUUCAUCAUCUGAGAUGACACAAACAGUUAAAAUGCAGUCAGCUCACGGCCACUAGCUUUAAGAAUGUUAAAUUCUUAGGCUGGGCACGGUGGCUCAGGCCUAUAAUCCCAGCACUUUGGGAGGCUGAGGAGGGUGGAUCACGAGGUCAAGAGAUCGAGACCAUCCUGGUCAACAUGGUGAAACCCCGUCUCUACUAAAAAUACAAAAAUUAGCUGGGCAUGGUGGCACAUGCCUGUAGUCCCGGCUACUCGGGAGGCUGAGGCAGGAUAAUUGCUUGAACCCAGAAGGCGGAGGUUGCGGUGAGCCAAGAUCGCGCCAUUGGCGAGCCAAGAUCGCGCCAUUGCACUCCAGCCUGGGUAACAAGAGCGAAACUCCGUAUCAAAAAAAGAAAGAAAAAAAAAAGAAUGUUAAAUUCUUUACCUAUUUAAAAAAAACUGCAAUAUGCAUUUUUUUCAAAUUUGGUGCAUUAAAUGAAACAAGUAUUUUUUAAUUGUUCCAUUUCAAAUUAGCAUGAUUUCAUUUCAAAUAAAAUGCCACUGCGCUACUCAGGAAUUUACCACCGAAAGAGGAAAUAUAGAUAUUAGACAGCUUUAUUGAGGUAUAAUUUACAUACCAUAAAACCCACCCUUUGUAAGUUUACAAUUUAAUGAUUUUAAUAAACUUCUGGAGUUGUGCAACCCUUACCACAAUCCAGUUUUAGAAUCACCCCACAAAGGCAAGGGAGUGGUGGCUGGGCUUUCUGACAAAAUCUGUACUCAGACCAACAUGUCCCCCAUGGACCCCAAUCAGUUCCAGGCUAGGGCAGUGGAAAGGCCAGUUAGCUAUCCAGCCACCAUCCUGCUCCAUACUUCAUCCUGGUCCCUGGAUUCCACACCACCUUGUGCUCUGGUAGCUGCUCUGAGCUGGGGGCAGGCCUUCUUUUCUAGAGUUCUGGACUUUGACCUGAGCUAGCCCCAGCAUGCGGUCACUUCCAUCUCAUCUCCUUUUGUCUACUUCUACCCUGGAGUAGAGGUUAUUUCCUGCCGCUCUAGCUCUCCGCUCCCAUCAGGUAUACCAAAGUGGGACUCUCAGUUGCUUUUCAGUGGCACUUUGGGGUUUUCUGUCUGAUUCGGUUGGGUAUUUCCCAUGGGAGUGGAGUACAACCUUUUAGAACAAACAACUCUUCUGCCUUCUCCAUGAGGUCUGCCUUUGCAGAAUGCUCAUUCAGUCCCUUCCUGUCUUGACUUGAAAGGUUUGCUGGGGUCCUCAUGGUGGCACUGGGGGACUUGCUCUCUGUGGAGUCUCCUUCAGCUUCUGGAAGACCUUCCCCUUUUCUUCUGGAUUUUUGUCUGCUUUGUCCACAGGUGCAUUACAAGGCCCCAGGAGAGUGCCCGCCUGUAGUAGGCAUUCAUCAAAUGUAUUGAAUACCUGGAAUUGGAGUGCCACAAGGGAGCUGCCUGGAGGGCUCAAGGGUGCUGUCAAUUCCUUCCCAUCUGGGGAGCUGGGAGGCCUAGUCCUAUUGGAUCUAGUGCCAUGGCGGGGCCGGGCCCGGGCCCGGGGGACCCGGACGAGCAGUACGAUUUCCUGUUCAAGCUGGUGCUGGUUGGCGACGCGAGCGUGGGCAAGACGUGUGUGGUGCAGCGCUUCAAGACCGGAGCCUUCUCGGAGCGCCAGGGAAGCACCAUCGGCGUCGACUUCACGAUGAAGACGCUGGAGAUCCAGGGCAAGCGGGUCAAGCUGCAGAUUUGGGACACAGCUGGCCAGGAGCGGUUCCGCACCAUCACCCAGAGCUACUACCGCAGUGCCAAUGGGGCCAUCCUCGCCUAUGACAUCACCAAGAGGAGCUCCUUCCUGUCAGUGCCUCACUGGAUCGGCGAUGUGAGGAAGUAUGCAGGCUCCAACAUUGUGCAGCUGCUGAUCGGGAAUAAGUCAGACCUCAGCGAGCUUCGGGAGGUCACCCAGGCUGAGGCACAGAGACUUGCCGAGCAUUAUGACAUUCUGUGUGCCAUUGAGACGUCUGCCAAGGACUCAAGCAACGUGGAGGAGGCCUUCCUGAGGGUGGCCACGGAACUCAUCAUGCGGCACGGAGGCCCCCUGUUCAGCGAGAGAAACCCUGACCAUAUCCAGCUGAACAGCAAGGACAUCGGAGAAGGCUGGGGCUGCGGGUGCUGACCGGUGGCUGGGCCGGCAGGCUGGGGGCUCCCCACCUCCUUGCUCUCCCUGGCCUGCCAAGCCCAGCCCUCCAGAGCCGGCCCUCCCAGGCACUGGUGACUAGAGCAGCUGGGUGAAACCCUGGAGCUCUGCAUCCUGUGGCCUGGCUGUGGGAUGGAGGCUCCCCUUGAGGAAGGGGAAGCAGGGUACCCUUGAGGGCCAACCUGCCAUCCAGCAGCUGGCCCUCCACGAUCUUUACAUUCCAGGACUGGCCUGAGCCCACCGGUGUGUGCCACAGUAGGAGGGGCCAGUGGUCCUCCCUGUCCCACGCCUGCUGGCUGUUUCCUCUCUUGGGUUUGCUUAACCUGUGGCAACAGGUUGCUGCUUUCCAGGGAUGUGGCUAGUGCCCUGGGUUCUUCCAGGCCAUCCUGGGGUUCCACAUGUAGCAGCGGCGCAAGAACCAUGAGACCCAUAGACUUGGUGCCUGAGUACAGCUCCAGGGAAGCCCUAGCCCCUUCCAGGCAGGGUACCUGCUUCCUGCCUUCACUCCCUGUGCAGUGCUCACAGACACCUCCCUGGGGCCUGGCUGGCUGCCUUAUCAGGACCUCUGAGUUUUCUGGCUUUCCGUAUAGCUUCUCAUUUUCAUACGCACAGCAUGGGGUCACAGCCCAUAGCUAGGUGGGGACUGUCUGCUGGCUUGGGGCCCAGUGUUUUGCCACUCAGCUUGCAAAAUUAGCUAAUCCUUCAGUCCAGCACUCAGAAGGCUGGGGGGUGGGGGAAGACGGGGAAGUGGACAUUUAAGGUCAAAGUAGAAGGUAGUGGCUGGGCGCAGUGGCUCAUACCUGUAAUCCCAGCACUUUGGGAGGCCCAGGCGGGCGGAUCACGAGGUCAUGAGAUCAAGACCAUCUUAGCCAACAUGGUGAAACUCCAUCUCUACUAAAAAAAAAAAAUACCAAAAAAAAAAAAAAAAAAAAGUAGCUGGGCAUGGUGGCACAAGUCUGUUCCCCCAGGUACUUGGGAGGCUGAGGUAGGAGAAUUGCUUGAACCCAGUGCAGUGAGCCAAGAUGUAGCGCCACUGCACUACAGCCUGGGCAACAGUGCAAGACACUGUCCCAAAGCAAAAAAAAAAAAAAAAAGCAGCUAGCAUCCUUGAGGCUCAGGAUGAGAGGGUGCUGCAGGGCAGCCAACCUUACCCCACAAGCAGAAGUCCUGCCAGUGGUAUGCGGGUCCCAGUCUAGUUUUAUAGAGUCGAGUCUUCCACACAAAAAAGGAGAGACCCUGGCAGUCCUCGGCUUGGCCCAUUUUAUUCUCCUGGCUCUUAACCAUCUCACCCUGAGUUGGGCUCCAAGGUUAGAAGGCACAAAUGGGAGGGAGGAUCUGGGAAGAAGCAUUGUUCUCUGGGCGUGUGGCUCAGAGGGAUCACAGUGAGGAGAGAGCCGGGGCCAGGGCUGGAGGGGCCAGGUGAUCUUCCCUAGCCAAUCCCAGUCCUCCGUCAGCCCAGCUCUGCCUUGAAGCCCCCUCAGCAUGGUUGCUCCAGAAAUAAGCUACUCUUAGACCUAUGGGCAGGGCUGCAUUGGGUUGUGGUCCAGCUCCCAGGCAGGGAUCAGUGCAGUCCCUGGGCCAGUGAGAGGCCUCCCCCAGGCCUCCCUGCCUUCUGCACUAAGCACUCUCCUGGCAAGCCUGGCACCUGGACAGGGCUUCCCCGGCUGAGACUGAGGCAGGCAGGGCUUGAUGCUGGUGAUGGAGCCAGCAUCUCAGUUGCUGGGCUCCCUUUCGGGCAGGGAGGCCACCUGUGGUUGGCUUAGCCUGGUUCUGCAAGGGAGGAAGAUAGCCAGGAGCUGGAGGGCCAGCACCUGCACUGAGGGGGUGAGGCUGCCUGGCUCCCUUCCUCAGCAGCUUUGCUUGUGGUAGGGGUGAGAGGGGAGCCGAGUGGGGCCUGGGCUCUGCCUGCAGGGCAGACAGUGCCUGGCACUGAGAGGUGCCCUCAGACCCCACUGGGACUGGAUGUGCCUGGGGUCACAUGGUCAGGAGGGGCUGAGCUGGGUUUUCACUGCAGGCCCACACUAGAAGAGAAGUCACAUGAAGCCCACCCUUGCAGAGCUCUGCUGUUUUGGGGGGAGCAGGGAGUAUGUACAGGGUCUUGGGAGAAGAGGCAUAGGCCUGGGCCUCCCGGUUUGAAUUUCAUCUAGUUCCAGGGCAAGUCCCAGCCAUCCGAGCAUAGUUACCUAUACUGUCCACCACCACCCGCUGCCCACCUCUGAGAGGCCUGGCUCUGCUUCCAGGCCGGGGCUUCAGUGGUGGGUUGGGGGGUGGCUGGGAGGUGUUACCUUCCUCAGGGCUUAGGGAGAGAGGGAGGACAGGGCCCUCCACCCCGGCUCCUUCCUUCACAGGGACGGUAGCUGACCAUGAUGGGUUCAUUUGUCACCUUGGACUGUGAACCACCUUCAUUUCUCACCACCCAGGCAGGAGCAGCCUCACUCCAAGGGCUUGGCUUGGAAAGGCAGGCUCACCUGGGACUCCACAUUCCUUCCCUGCUGCCACUGUGCCCCCUUUCCCUCCACUCCAGAAAGGCCCUGAUUUCUCACCUGGGCACCCUGCUGUCUUCUGGGCUUCUCUGCCCAGGUCACCCUGUGGCAGGCCUGGGCCCUCAAGAUGUUUGAAAGCCCAUAGCGCUUCCUGGCUUCACUCCAGCACCUUGUGUCUUGGAGCACCUCUGUCCUAAGACAACUUGGUCUCCCUGCUCCAUGCCCACCCCUGGCCCUUACCAACCUGCCCUUUUAUUCAUGCCAUUUGGGGUCACAGAUGGCCCAGCUGGACACAGCUCUUAGAACUGGCCCCACCCUGGGGCCUUGCCCUAGGACCCCCUGGCAGGAACAACACACCCCAUGCUCAAAGUUCCCCUACCCCUGGAUCCUGGGCUGAAGCCAUUUCCUACCGAGAAGCAUUCCCACCCCCUCUCAGGCACAAACGCCAGUGUCCAGGGGCUCAGGACCUGUACCUGGGGUUGCGGGGGCUCCUGCCCUACCAUAUCUCACCAGAAGGGGGCCCCACUGCCCCUCCAGGCCUUAAGACUGGGCUGGGAGAGAAGAUGGGGGAAGUGUGUGAGACAAAACAAAACCAGCCUGUUUCCUCCCCUAGGCAGGCUAGGCUCUCCCUGCAGCCCGGGCUCUGGUGGGGAAGGAGAACAGUGUCAUCUCUUCCUUUGUUGCUGAAAGAGCAGGACCAGGUGGGGUCAGGGGCCAGAGUGCAGGGGGAGGGGGGCAAGGGUGGAGGUGGUUAGGGAAGAAGAGGGGAGUGGGCUGAAACCUGGGUGGGGCUGGUGUGACACUGGGUUAAGAAGCUGGAGGGGCUCCUGAUUCACAUUGAAUUUUAGUUUCUCUUCCCCAAGAGGCUGCGGGAGUUGGGGCCUCCUCCAGCAGGAACCCUGAGACCCCUGUAGGGCCUGGACUUGGGGUGAGCAGGGCCUCAGGCAGCCCAAGGAUUCCAUUUGCAUUUGGUAAUUUUUCGUGUCACCUAUUUAUGAAUAUAUAAAUCUUUAUACCAAAUCUAUUUUUUAAAACAUGGAAAAGUUGCCUUUAUGGAAACUUGGCAGAGGCCAGAGUGUACACAUUCCUAAGCCAUUAAACAGAUUUCUGUAAUGA